CGUCGUCGUCCGUCUCCGCGGCGGCGUGCUGGGCGCCGUCGGGGGUCACGGCGGCCGCAGGUUGACGAUGAUGUCCGUCCAGCGGGGCCGGCACCUCGAAGCUGUUGUUGAAGCUUCCAUUGCUCAAGGUGUGGGAGGACUGGAAGGACGAAGGAGAGUCGAAGCUCAAGCUCGAGACGUGGUCCGGGCGGCGAAUGCCUGGCGCGGGCAUGUUACUUUGAUGACCUCCCUGGCCUCCGUAGGCCUCGCGGUUCGAUUCGUCCUUCUUGAAGUGCGUCAGUCGACACCAGCAUGCCGCACACCCACAGCCGCAGCAGUGAUGGCCGCCGGCGGAGGAGCAGUCCCCGGGUGGUGUCUCGUUGGUAUCGCCAGACGAGAAGGAUUCAAUGGGCGCGGCGGGGUUGAGGCGCCGAGAAAGGUGACGAGCCAUUGAGGCGGUAGAAGUAUGAAAUCGACCCCUGCAGUGCGUGGGGGUGCAUGCGAGGGAUGCGAGGGCUGUUUUUGCCCGGUCGGUAUACGAGUACAAGUGGAAUUGAGACAAAAAGGUGGUUCAGACAGCCGACCCAAAGGAGAAACCGUGGGAAAUCUUUUUUGUUCUUUUCUUUUCUUUUCUUUCAGAGCAAGGAUAGUGAUGGCACAGAGCAAAAGGCAGACAAGAACUGGUAGAGGGAAAAAGCAAACCCAGGAAAGGUCGGAUCAAGGGAGGCAGAUAUAUAGCAAUCGAGGCACCGAGGGGAUGAGCAGUCGACACAAGGCGGAAUCAGGAUCAGGUCAGUCAGUCAGUCAUGUGAAAGCGGCCUGGAAGCCUGAACACGAAGCGUCACUCAGGAAGAUGCACGAACGACCAGAUGGAGUUCGGCUGGUUGCUCCUCAGCCUCGCGGGUUGAUUUCAAACCGAGGAUAUGGCCGGUCCAUUUGGACGGGGGGGUCGAUGCACGGGCAGGAUUCGAUUGGUGAUAGAUAGAGCAAACCUUGGGAGAUGCGGAUACAAUUGAAGAAGCAUGGAGCAGGGUCGCUGGGCCGAGUCAGGCGUCGUCACAAGAUCAAGAGGUUCGAAAAGGAAAGGGUACACGACAAGGGAUACGAACGAAUGGGCAGGUCGUGGGCUACAUGUAAGGCGCCAACCUCCGCCCAAGAAUGGGCUCCCGACUGCGGUUUGCAACGGAUGCUGGAGGAGAUGGGCAUGAAGGAACAAGAGACCAUGCAGCGUGCCGUGGGCGCUAGUCGAGAUAUCAAACAAGCAAACAGACUCGAAGCAUUGACGU